AUGUCCCGCAUAAUGCGCGGUGUGAGGUCAUUUUCUACUGCGGCCUCUGCGCUGCUAGCAGACGCCUCCGCUGAUGCAACACGAUCCGCUCGCCAACCACUGGCCUUCCAAAUUUUUCGCGAUGUCCCCGAGCUUCGUCAAUUACGCCGACAAAUCAUUCGCAACGAUCGCACUCUGGGUUUUGUACCGACUAUGGGCGCUCUCCACGAGGGACAUCUGGCUCUGAUCCGCGAAGCUGCCAAAGAGAAUACCGAUGUCUUUGUGAGCAUUUACGUCAAUCCGACUCAAUUCGGAGUCAACGAAGAUCUUUCGAGCUAUCCUCGUACUUGGGACAGCGAUAUGGCAAAAUUAGAGAAGCUUAAUGAAGAGCUGGAAACCUCGAGUGCUGGCACAGGACGCAUCACUGCUAUCUUUGCUCCAACGUCCAAAGUCAUGUACCCGACGUUACCGCCGUCAUCUGAGAUUGACGGCCAUGGGUCUUUUGUCACCAUCACACCUCUGGCGAGGAAGCUUGAAGGCGUAUCUCGUCCGGUCUUUUUCCGAGGAGUCGCAACCGUUUGCAUGAAACUCUUCAACGCGACCUCUCCCGACCGUGUCUAUUUCGGUCAAAAGGAUGUCCAGCAAACAGUCAUUAUCAAGCGAAUGGUGAAGGAUUUUCUAAUGGAUACUGAGGUUCGCAUCGUGCCAACCGCGCGUGAAUGCGACGGCUUGGCUCUGAGCUCAAGGAAUGUCUAUUUGGGAUCACGCCGGCGAAACAUAGGGCUCACAUUAUAUAAAGCUCUGACUGCCGGCGCGAAUGCCUAUCAGGCUGGCAAAUCUUCGCGAGACGACAUUCUCGGGGCCGCUCGGAGUCUUGCUGAGUGUGUUCUUGCGGAGCAAUGUACGCUUGCACCAAAUCUGCGGGCACUUUACGAGGUCGAUUAUAUUUCUCUCGCAGAUCCCGAGAGCUUAGAAGAGCUGGAUUGCGUAGAUCCCAAGAGGGGAGCCGUUUUGAGUACCGCAUUCAAGAUGGCACCUCUGGAAGAAACCAACCCCGGUGAAGAUUGUGGCCUCGGAGAUGGGAAGGUCCCUGUGCGCUUGAUUGACAACUUCAUUCUACAGCCUCGGGAGUAG